AUGAAACAAUCAAGCCGUAUUCCUACUUUUCCAUCUCUGAUGUUUGCUCACCCGAAUCGAGCAACCGCGGCAACCGCAACAGCAUCUCCUGCUUCAUCCAGCUUUUCUUUGUUUCGACAAGGUGGUAGUGCCGAACAAAAGCAAGGGCACUUUCAAGGGCCAUCUCCACCCAACACGAGCAACGCGUCGCUCGGUGGACUUUCCAGCAUGUUUUGUCCUACAACAUUCGCCCCUGCAGCCGCGGUAGCAGGGCGAUCCGCAACUAGUACCACGAGAACAAUGGCCACCAGUGCCACUUCCCCGACCACCACGAUUGCUAAGAUACUGCAAUCGCUUCGAUCAGUGGUUCUGAGUCCUGGAGGCAUUGCAACAUCCGUGGUCGGCUUGAUCUCGUUAAUUAUCUACUUGAAAUAUCAAGGAGCAAUUCGACGACGUCUCAAGCAAGUCAAGGAAGAAUCAUGGUUGUUCGGAGCUGGUGUGACCAUGGUCCGUGGGGAACCAAAUCAAGACACCAAUGUCUUUCCCAAUUUGAAAUUAUUACAAGUCAAUCCCUCCUUCCAAAAGGCACAUCCCGAAUGGAAGUUUGUGGGACUGGGUGAUUAUCUUUCUACUCUACGCCCCAAACAACUUCCCAAGGGAUUCAACUCAAAGGAUUUGCCCAAGUUGGUACAACGUGAAUUGGAGGCUGGUCUUGCUUCUGGAUUGCUCAAGGCCUUGGGUCCGAAUUUGGGUCGGGCUCUCUUGCCGGCCGUUGGCGUCGGUCCAAUUGAAGGACAGGCACAGAAAUUUGGUUCCAAAUUGGCCACGCGAUGGAUCUUGUCCCAACAGGCAGCCUCCAAUACGCUAGGAGAAGACGACGAUCGAGCAGGACUUCCCAUUUCAAUCUUGAGUGUCUUGGCACUGUCGGAAAACAAUGCCAAACUCAACAGUGGCGAGAAGAGCAGCAAGGCAGAGGACGUCAGCGACGCGGAUGACAAAUUGCCAGGUUCCAACUUGUCCGCCAUUCAGAAAAUGAAGAAUGGUGAAAAUGUUCAUGGCCCGGCCAUCGAUACCGGCAUUCUUCCAAACUCUGGAUUUGUUCUUGAUCGAGACUUUCACAAGACAAUUCGGAAAUUAGAAAAUACCAUGGUGGACCAAGGGCAUUGCGCGGAUCAUGCCCCGAUAGAACUUCAGACCGCCCAAGCAGAAAUCAAAGAAGACAGCGAGUACGAGGAUGUAAACACGGCAAAGGACAGUGAUAUUGAUACCAAGGCCUCGCAACAGUAUGAUCCAAAUGAUCGUUGUAUGGGAGAGCCUGUUCCCAUCAACCCACGUCUUUUCCCUGACUUGCAUUUGGGACACGGCGGUGCUCUCUCCACACAUACCAAACGACAAGUAUUGCAGAUGCGAUUAGUUGCUGUCUUGUUGAAUCGCUUGGGUGCUAACUAUCAUCGAUUGGCCAAUCCGGAUGAUAAAGAUCCCCUCUUUACCAUUCGAUUGACCGAGGAUGGACCCGCGAUUUCCAAGCCAGCUGAAUUCAUUCAAGGAUUGAUCAAUAUGGGACAUGAUAUUACGGUUGUACCGACAUCCCGUAUCACAUCCUUUGGCAUUGGAAUGUGCAUCAAGGAAUCGGACGGCUCGUGGUCCAAUAUUCCAAUCGGAGUCUUCCUAGAGAGCGGGUACGAAGAUAAGGACGGCAACAUGGCACCAGCAAUGAUGCCCCAUUCGGGCUUGCGUCUUACCAUCGGCGAUGGGCCCCUUACUAGCAAACAAGAUCAAGAGUAUGACGAUUUCAAUGCGUCUGCCAUAUCAAAUCCUUUGAUUAUUCAACACUUCAUUGGUAUUGAAGGAUUCUGUGGGUGGAAGCCGGAUGCGGAUCCAGAAGUUCCCUUCAAUAAAAACGUCGAAUCAGGACGUGCUCUGAAGGAGGCUUCUGAGGUCGGUAGAGCGGUGCGUCUAUCAGCUCUAUAUGCCAAUGUUUUGAAUGGCUUGGCAACCGAAAUGGAACUCCCCUUUGGUGGAUACGGUGUCACGGCGGUGUGCAACGACUCGGCAGCGAUCAUUCAGCAAUGUCUAUAUGGCAAAUCUUACAUUUUCCCACUAACCUCCAUUGGACGCUACAUGCAACGGACUUUGCGAUACACUCAAAGUAUGGAGAGCAAGCUACAGUCAGUCACUGAGCUGGAGGAUGAAUUGGAUGAUCUGUAUGCUCUCCAAGAGGGAAUGCUGGAGUUGCCGUCUGACGUGAACUCAACUCCGGCCAAUGCAAGAGACGCUGCUCGCCGUGUUCUCAAGACCUUGCAACCAGACCUCCCACUUGUACUCAUGAAAGACUCCAAGACCAUCAUGAAGAACAUUUUGCACGAGCACGAAGAACAUAAAAAGCAAACAUCGGAAACGUCUCUGUCCAAAAUGGCAGAAACUCUAGGAGUAUCUCGCAUGUAA